UUACCGUAACUCUAGCCACUGCGUUAAGGUAGAGUCGUUUCUACCUCACUAUAGUGGUCUUUGAUCUGCGAGUGCGCGAGCCGAGGAAGACAUUAACAUAACCUAAAACCUACAACAAAGUUUUUAAAUUACCGGUAGUGCGGAGGCACUGUAUUAUUUUUAAAAUUAGGGAGUUAAUUAAAACGUUUAGCAAAAUUACAUUGUCAAAGAAUGAACUUUAUGAUGACUGGGAAUAUAAUAUGAAAUGGUUCAUUGUUUUAAUCUAAGAAGCAAAGUAGAAAUACUUCCACUAUGACUGAAGUGAAGUCAGUAAUUUAUCACCUUUGUAAACUUUUUAAUGGACUCUUCAGUAGUGAGAUCAUUAAGCCAGAACACUUUCGUUACAGCAAAUUUGAUGAAACUUCUGAUGAAGUGGUUCCCGCUCUUUGGAAACUUCUUCACAACCUUUGUUGCUCCACCACUCAAAAGAAAAUGCGAUGUGAUUCUGCAGAUAUUGUUAGCUGUGUGAAACUGGCGUUUGCUCGGAUGCGAUACAGUUGUCUUUCCUUGUUCAAUUUGCCAACCAACAUGAAGGUUGGUAGCCGAGAGCUACUUCUGGCCUUGGCUUGGUUACUGACCACUGAUCGGCUUCAACAGCUCAUUCAUGAGUUUGUGAGCAAGUCACUUCUUCAGCACGAGUAUCCAUCAUACUCUGCAGGUGAGGAAUUGGGUGCAUUCGAAUCCAUCAACUUGAAAAGUGAAGAAGACAUUAUCAACUUCAUAAAUUGGGUUAGUGGCAGAGUCAAGACUAACAUGGCAUACAUCAGGAAUCUAUCAAGAGAAUUGAUCACUCAUACAUCAAGAGUCCACUGUGCUACACUAGGUGCAUUUGGAGUGGCUCAUUUGUCAGUACAAAAUGUUGUAUUACUGAAAAAGCACGCUUUUAUAACUGAGCACAUGCUGGAAGACUGUAGUCACACCAUCAUUGUAUUGCAGAACUAUCUGCUGUGGACGAAGAAACAGAAUUCUUUCUGGAACUGGAUGGAAAGUGUAAUGGAAGAAGAAGAGCGACAAAAGUGAAUCGAAUAGAAUAUGUUUUAUUAACGCAGACAUAAUAUCACAAUUUUACAUAUAGGACAAUUUAUAUUAUAAUAUAAUUAAAAUCAUGAUUUAGACAAUACAACAAAGUACAUGAGGCCUAAUCAUUAGUCUGUAAUAAUCAACUCAUAUUUAAAUCUCAUUCCUAUAACUUCCUGUCCAUAAACUAAUUGGAAGGCCCAUUCAAGAGGAAUGUUUUUGAAAUCUGUUUGAACUUCCUGUAAUUAAGUUUUCUCUCCUCAAUAGAAUCUUAAUCAUUGUUUUAAUUGUGGCAUUUGAAAGAUUUUGGUCAUCUUUAUACAGAUUAACUAGAUCUAGAAGAAUGUGCUGUAUUAGGCCCAAUCCAUAUAUUUUGUAAAAAUCAACAUGUUUGUUGACGUGUUAUCUAGAUUUAAAUUCUGAACAAGUUUUCUAUUCUGAUCAGUGAUUAAUAAUUCUUAUCAAAAUUGUCAUAACAAUUAGUUUAAAUAAUGCCGAUCGAAUGUCUACUGAUUUUGAAUGUAUGAAGAUGUGGCAUUUGCAAGUUACUGUUAGGUGCAUUGGGCCUACUUCUAUCCACAUCACAAUGAAUAAAUUGUCUUUUGCUUUCUUUAAUAUUGUUCUUUUCAACACUUCACAUAAUGAAUGUUUACCCUGCCCGUCCAAAUGUAAUUAAUGUCGCAUAUGUAUAAGGCCUUUCUCUAAUUGCUCAUUUCAACUUAUUAAUCACUAAAUUAGCAUGUGAAUUAGAAAAUAAGUCAUACCUUUAGGGAAUAGCAGAUGCAAUUUUCUAUUAAUUUGUAGAUCGCUGCACGAUUAUUACUAAUCACUCUACGAAUUUCUGGAUGGGGAACGAUCGACACCACUCGAGAGUUGUUGAUUAUUGACUGGUACAACUUAUCGCUAUGCACUCCCGGAUCUAUGUAUGCGUUAUAUCUAAACUUUUAAUAAAAUAAAAUAUUUAAAAAAACUCCUGAA